CCCCGCCCGCGCGCUGGGCCCGGUGAUUGGCCCGACUCCUGGCCUCCAAUCCCCCGCCCCACCAUGUUCCCCGCCAGGCUGUCUCUGGUCGCGAUCCUGGGAGAGCACAGACUGAGUAUCCCUGAGCUGCCUGGGUGGGGAAACGCCGCCUCGGGGGAUUUUGAGAAGCAUGUCUUCUGUUUGGAAGACUCCGUGUGGAUCAGAUGCAGUGCCUGAGAUGGUGGUGAAAAUCAUUGGAAGUAAACACUUUCGGUACCUCAUGGAGAAGCCAAAGAUCAAGGAAAAUGAGAACUUGAAGGCAGAAACUCAAACAGUACUCCAGAAAUCCAUGAUUGGUAGUGCAAGACAGAUGAGCAGAGACUCCCCAGCUCCUACUAAUCCUACUGAUCAUCAAAUCAACCAUGACCCAGAUGAUGAGGAAGAAAACAAGCACCAAGAGAACAACCAGAGCCCAGAGAACAACCAGAAAUUCCUCACAGGAGCACUCACAAGCAGAUUUCUGGAUGGCAAAAUUCCCAUCCAGGCAAAUGUCCAUUGUAGCUCAGUACCAACUGGAGACCAGUCCCUAUCCUAUAUCCAUGGCCUCCCCGGGAGAAACCUAGACUGGUCUUUGGAACAGAUGGCAAGGGACAGCUCUGACCAACCUAAAGAUUUUGGCCAGAGGCCAAGUGGAACAACAAGGGAAGACGCUUUUCUUCUUGCCCUGGUCAGAAGAGAACUCAGCUCGCGCCCUUUGAGUUCUGGCUUAUUAGAAAAGCUUCAGAAAGAGCUGAAGAUCCUGGAUCCUAUCUCUUCAGGAUUUCUUCUCCAGUCUCAGCUAAGCCACCUUUUCUUAAGAAAGGAAGUCCCUCUACAGUUACCAAUAGUCAAGAUCCUUUGGCAGAGAUUUUCUAAGAGGGGCUCUCCAGAAAUGGUGAGCUACAGAAAGCUCCUCUGGUUUUUAAAAGCUGCAGCUUCAGAUGACCCCCAGCAAAGCCAAAGAGUUGCUGAUUUACAGGAAACGGCUUUGGGUGGAUCAUCUUUUCAUAGCAUUUCCCCUGCCCCUCCAAACACUACUGCUCGUCAAGAUGCCAGCCCACAGUCAGAAGUGAGCAAGAGCCUGUCGGAGAUCUUGAUGGCACUAAGGACAACUAAUGGGAAACUCAACAUAGAGAACCUCAGUCGGAAUUUUCAAAAAGAAGAUCGCUCAUUUUCUGGCUCCCUGCCCCUACCCAAGGUCAGGGCUAUAUGCGGAAAACAUGGAUUAUAUCUGACUUUGAGUUUUCUGGAAACAUUGCUAAGCCACCAGAAUUUGGGUUAUCAUGGUGAAAUAAAAUGGCAGAAUUUUGUUGAACUGUUGAGUAAAGCUUCCUCCAAUUUGCCACAUGAUUUGCCUACAGGAAAGAAAGCAAAAGAAACCUCUGCCACCACCAUGCAGGCUGAAGCUGCAAAGAUAUCUCAAGGCAGAACAGAACAUAUGAAAAUUCCAGAAGAGGAGCUGCAACCAGAAAACCCUCCUGCUGAGAUUUCAGCCCCCAAAGAUCCCCUGAAAGCUUUGAAGGUCAGGCCAAUCUCACAGCCUUUCGUGACUCCAAUGAUGAAGAACGAGCCUGAAGAAUAUGAGACAUGGAUUGACAGGUUCAGGAAGCUGGAAAAUGCCCUCUACCUGUGUGACCUGACUAAUACAGGAGUCCUGGAAAAGGAACGGGCCAGACGCCUCAUUCACAACUACAAUCUCAUUUACAAACUGUCCCUGAGCCCUCGGAAAAUUGACCAAGCCUUGAGGAGAUUCCGUGCGGGAAAAAAUAUGCCCUUGGAGCCAGCACUCCAGUACUUAAAGGAGCUAUGAUAACAAACCCAUAUUGUGAGAACAGAUGUUUCCUUUUUCUUCCUUUCUACCCAGACACGUGUUUCUCCCCAGCCCAUGCAUAGUGGUGGAGACACUGUCACAGAGUCAAGGCCGAUGCAGCAACUGAAGAUGCUUUGGACUUGGGCUUCAUUUCUAGCUAUGAUACUCCCUGAUAGGCAGCUCAGAGUGACCCGAGAAAACCAGGUUUCCUCUCCUGAGGUGGCAAGAACCCAAUUUCUUAAAACCCCCUUUUAUUCCAGUAAAGCUCCUUAUGAACA